CUGUGCCCCUGUUUAUAUAGUCGUCAUGGAGCGAAGCUAGAAACUUCAAAAUAUAAUUUUAUCCUCUAAAAUUAUUGUCCUUUCUCUGCAUAAUUUUUUUUCAUAAUGUAAGAGUGGUGAAAUUUUUGAGUUUAGAUUGAUUCGGGGUAAUUUUGACGAGGAGUUAAGCGAGGAAAAAUAACGAAAAGCGAAGAGAAGCGAAGGUCCCCUUGUUUGCCGCCAUCAUGAGUGAACGAAUGAAAUACAUCAUAGAUGAGUUGAAUAAAGAACCGUUCAAGAAGAACUACAACCUCAUAAGUUUUGAUUCUCUUCGGCCGUUGCAACUUCUUCAAGUACUUAAUGAUGUUUUUGCUGAAAUCAACCCAGUGAACAAAAUUGACAUACGAGAGGAAGAUCCAGAAGCAAUGGCUAUAAGAAUGUUUAACUUCUUGAGAGUUUUAAAAUUCAAGCCAAAGACUGAAGCUGGAAGUUUGGCUCCUUUCCGACAAGGACUGGUAGCAGGCGAAAAACAAGUUAUAUACCCAAUCUUGCAAUGGCUGUUUGAACAUCUCCCAGACCUACAGAAAAGGGCAUACCUAGCCAGGUUUCUUGUUCGUAUGGAAAUACCUGGAGACCUGCUGACAGAUCAAGAACUCUAUGAGGUCAAUGAAUCUUAUGGGCAGAUGAUUGAAGAGUUCAAAGAAUGUCACAAGGAAGCUGAACAACUGCGCUCUUCUGGGAUGUCAACAUCAGAGAUCAAAAAGGACAUAACACACAUGGAAGAAGAACAUGGGCAGUUGGAAAAACGUAUUGGCAGAAUGCAAAAGAAGGUUGAAUCAGUGACAAAGCAUGAGCAAAUGUUGAUUGCUGCAAGGAACCUCAGAGUGGAAAGGGAACAAGAACAGGCAUUGGCGCAGCAGAAACUGGAACAGAAAAACCAGCUCCUACAUGCAGACCAGAGGUACCAAAGAAUGUCACACCAGCUGAAAGAUGUUCGAGCCCAGGGAAUGGGUACAACAGGAGCAGAUUUAAUCAGGAGACUAGAUGAAGAAAACAAGGUUAACAUGUAUCUAUGCCAAGAUAAAUUACCAAAGGAGAUUGAAGCAAAACAGAAAUAUGCUAGGGAUUUACAGAAGGUGGCUAAUGAACCAGCCAUGGGACAGUCAGACUUGGAUGAACUGAACAAAAAGAUCAAAACCAUAUCCACGGAAAUUAACUCCUUGAUUGAGAAAUGCAUGGUGAGGAAUGAUCCAAUUGAUGAUAAGCUGUCACUUUUCCGACAACAGGCUUCAAUUAUUUCACGCAAGAAAGAAGCUGCAGCAGAAAGACUCAAAGAGGCAAUGGAUGAGACUGCAGGUCUGGAAAAUGAGCUACAGAAGAAGAAGGACCUACUGAAGGAUAGUGAGGGUGCUGAGGUUUUAAAGGGAGAUGAGUUCAAGAGGUAUGUUAACAAAUUGAGAGGCAAAAGUACAGUGUACAAGAAAAAAAGACAAGAGCUUGCAGAGCUCCGGGCAGAGUAUGGUGUUCUUUCCAGAUCUAAAGAGAUCCUUAACUCAAAGUAUGAAAACCUUUCAGCACAUUUGUCUAACUUAGAAAGUAAGCAAGGUGUGUCUGGAUAUCACGACACACAAGAAGAACUGGAAAAAGUAUCAACUGUGAAGAGUGAUCUUGAUGAGCAGAAGGGAAAGACUCUUGAGGACAUUUCAGAAUUGGUUGUUACCAUGAAUGCUACCAUUGCUGAAAAAAAGAAUGCAUUGGCACCUAUUAUCAAGGAACUCCGCCCCAUGAGGCAAAAAUGUCAAGAAAUUACUGAAGAUUAUGAAGAGAAGAAAGCACAAUAUGAAAACCUUGCAAUAGGGUUGGACAGCAACCUCUCCAAACUAGAACAAGAAGUAAGAGGACUUCGUGAAGAAAUCUCAAAUGAAGAGAGUCGCUAUCACUAUCUGAACUGUAUGAUGAAGGUACUUGAGAUCCAACAAAAACGUAUUGAGGAUGAAAUGAAAGCCUACACAGCACAGGAUCCUGCAGAAAGAAAGAAGGCUUGGAGGGAACAGUACACAAGGAAAAUACAAGAACAAGAAAACCUUGGAAAGAGUCUUCGUGAAAAACAGAAAGCAGUGCGUGAGAGUCAAGGCCCAAACAUGAAACAGAUGAAGAUGUGGACAGACCUGACCAAACUACUAGAAUGUAAAAGAAAUUGUCUCAUCAAGAAACAGGGUGGAGAGUCACAAGCAGAUGAACCUGCAGAGAGAGGAGUUGUGGGAGAGGAUGUACUAGUCCUAUAGUGUUACUAGACUGCCACUGCAUGCCUAACUUAACUGUAUAUAAUGGUACAAACGAUAAUGUAUGACUUAUUGAGUUAUAACCCUUACCAUAUUUAUUUGAAAUUGGAAAUGCUUGUUAUAUGGAAAUACUUGUGCAGCCACCUUAGUGGAGUUGCUCCUUGAGGAAUUUACCUCCCGCAAUACUUCCAAGUUGCUUAUCCCCUGAAUUAGAAUAGUUUUCCCCAAAUGAAAACAUAUCUCUAGGGUCCCUGAUCCAAUUUCUGCAUUUUUUUCUUUUAACAACUACUUCCGCCGACACCUACCACCUCCUACCACUGACACCUUUUAGUAUGGUGUGAGGGUUUCGGUGUGAGUUAACUGAUAUUUUUUGAGGAGACAAUAACAACAGUUCAUUUCUAAAAUAUAGCUUUAAUUUUACAAUGUACAUGUUUUUGUUUCUGAAUAGGUAUUACAUAAUAACACAUGAUUAUAAUA